ACGGUCACAUGUGUCUUGUGUAUACGGUAGUUCAGUGUGCAGCAGUUCACCUUGGACACUGGUCAGUAGUGCAUAUCCUCGUUGAUGGGUUUUCAACAACACUUAAAGAAUGCUACAGAUGAAAAAUCGUUUAAAAUAUUGCUCUGUCGCAAUCGCUGCGAACAGGCUUGUUUCUGGACCGCUGAAGAACCCUGUUGUGUUUAUGGAAAUCGCAGCUGACGGCGAGUUCAUUGGAAGAAUCAUUAUCGAGCUUUUUGCUGACGUGGUUCCUAAAACAGCAGAGAACUUUAGGGCUCUCUGUACAGGAGAAUAUGGUUUUGGUUAUAAGGGCUCUGUGUUUCACAGAAUCAUCCCUGAGUUCAUGUGUCAGGGUGGAGAUUUCACUAAUCAUAAUGGCACAGGUGGAAAAUCUAUUUAUGGAAAGAAAUUUGCGGAUGAGAAUUUUAAGAUGAAACACAAUGGACCAGGUGUGCUGUCAAUGGCAAACUCUGGGCCGGACACAAAUGCAUCACAGUUUUUCAUCAGCACUGUAAAAACAGACUGGCUUGAUGGCAAGCACGUUGUGUUUGGUCAGGUCAAAGAUGGCAUGGAGACCGUCUCUCUCAUGGAGUCCUAUGGCUUACAUGAUGGAGGAACUGUAAAGAAGAUUGCCAUUACAGACUGUGGAGAACUCAAAUGAUUGUGGAAAGUUCUGUAUGAGAGUCUUUUUGGGAACUCAAACUGCUUUCACAUGUAAAUCUUUAAGUAAAUUAUUUGUAUUUAACUGAAUAUUACUCACCUGUUGCUAUAUUAUGCACCAUUCUGGAUUAAUUGAGGUGUUUUAUGCUUACUAAGUAAGUACACUGAAAAGUAAAAUAUACUAUUUUUCCACAUACAAGAUAUCUUGCCUGGUCUAAGUUUUAUUAUGAGUUAAAAACAUUUUUGAGGUUUAUAAAUUAGGAUAAAGCAUGUACAGAGAUUGUUUACCUUCUAAGAACUAUGCCAGAGAAACCCAGGAGGUAUUUUGAAAAAAUAAAUGACACACGAAACUG